UUCCCGUCUGUGCCGGCCCCAGCCUCCAGGGCGGCGGAGCCGGGAAGUGGGAGCCGGAGCUGAGGAGGCGGAGACUGGCGAGGCUGCCUCCGCCCGCCGGGCUCCUGGGCGAGGGGCUGCAUGGAGCUACCGGCGCGGCUCUGCGCGCUGUGGGCGCUGCUCCUGAGCGCUGGCGGCGGCGGGGACGCGGCGCCCGCGGAAAUUCAGCCACCAGUGACGAAUUUGAGUGUUUCAGUUGAAAACCUCUGCACAGUGAUAUGGACAUGGAAUCCUCCAGAGGGAGCCAGCCCGAAUUGUAGUCUGUGGUAUUUUAGUCAUUUUGGCAACAAGCAGGAUAAGGAAAUUGCUCCAGAAACUCGUCGUUCAAAAGAAGUGCCCCUGAAUGAGAGGAUUUGUCUGCAAGUGGGGUCCCAGUGUAGCGCCAAUGAAAGUGACAAUCCUAGCGUUUUGGUGGAAAAGUGCAUCUCACCCCCUGAAGGCGAUCCUGAGUCCGCUGUGACUGAGCUACAAUGUGUUUGGCACAACCUGAGCUACAUGAAGUGCACUUGGCUCCCAGGAAAGAACACAAGUCCUGACACUAACUAUACUCUCUACUACUGGCACAGCAGCCUGGGAAAAAUUCGUCAAUGUGAAAACAUCUAUAGAGAAAGUCAACACAUUACUUGUUCUUUUAUUCUGACUACUAAAAUAAAGGAUCCCAGUUUCGACCAAGACAAUGUUCAGGUGAUGGUCAAGGAUAAUGCAGGAAAAAUUAGACCAUCCUUUCAUAUAGUGCCUUUAACUUCUCAUGUGCAACCUGAUCCUCCACAUAUUAAAAGGCUCUUCUUUCAACAUGGUGACUUAUACGUAGUAGGGAAGAAUCCACAGCCUUUUUCUAGCGCUUGUUUAUCUUAUCAAGUAAAAGUCAAUAACAGCCAAACUGAGACACGUUUUAGUUUAACCGUUGAUGAAUCCAUAUGUAAUCAUUCAGAGUUUGAGGGAAACCCGGAGGAUGGUACAAUUUGUUUCCGGAUUCCUGGUGUUCUUCAUGAUACUUUGAACACAGUCAGAAUGAGAGUAAAAACAAAUAAGAUUUGCUAUGCGGAUGACAAACUGUGGAGUAAUUGGAGUCCAGCGAUGACUAUAGGUAAGAAGACCAAUCCAACACUCUAUAUCAUCAUGUUACUCAUAAUUCCAAUCAUUGUUGCAGGUGCAAUCAUAGUCCUUCUGCUUUAUCUAAAAAGGCUCAAGAUCAUUAUAUUCCCUCCAAUUCCUGAUCCUGGCAAGAUUUUUAAAGAAAUGUUUGGAGACCAAAAUGAUGACACCCUGCACUGGAAGAAGUAUGACAUCUAUGAGAAGCAAACCAAAGAAGAAACCGAUUCUGUCGUGCUGAUAGAAAACCUGAAGAGAACCUCUCAGUGAUGGGAAUCACUUAUUUGAACAUUCAAUCUGAGAACUUGUUAAAUGGAAACUGAAACUACUGGACCAUUUAAAAAUAGGCAGCUCAUAAGAGCCAUACGCUUGUAUGUUGAGUCAUGCACCGAAAAACUAAAAAUAAUGGGCCCUUUGGAAAAGAGAGGGGAAUUAUUCUCAUUGAAUUGUACAAGCAGGCAUCUUUGUGAAGUUUUCAAACUAGGGGGCCAAGCAAAAAUCGAUGAUACCAAUAGAGUUAAUCUUAUCAAGAGCUGAGACAACUUUCUGAGGGUUCUAUGCCUGUUUUGUACUCAUUUUGUCAAAUGAUACCAACAAAUUUUAUUUGUGGGGGCUUUAAUUUUUGAGUGCAAAUGCUAAUGCCAAACUUGAGUCACAGAGACCAUUUAGCAAACAAAAUUGAAAAAAAUAUAUAUAUGUUGUUUGGUAUCCCAUUAAGUAAUGCUUGUGGCUAUCCAGAAUCAUCAUCCCUUCAGCAGCAUGUUUCUCUACUUUGAAAGGCCCAGACAUUAGUGUUGGCCACGAUGAUGACAACUACAGAAAAAGCAGUGUCAGCUUCUUUCACCAGUACCUUUCAAAGCUAUUGCAGGCUUUUAAGGGCAUCAGAGACAGAAAGACUUACUGGGUAUUAGUAUUUGAACCACUGCAUUCUCCAGUGAUAUACUGAUUUUCCUUCACCUCUACUACUAAAAUCAAGUAUUUGCUAUGUGUCCAGUUUGUGCUAGGCUCCCAGGUGUGAGGCACCUCUGUCGAAGGGUUGACAAUCUGGUUCUUACCACUUUCUUUUUCUCCACCAGUCAUUUUUCAGACCUUUUAAUUCCCCGUUCCCACACCUGAUUUCCCCUUUUGUAUUUUCCCUCAUUGUAGUCUUUCACCUUUCAUUGGAUAUUAGAAUAUAAAUCUGCUCAGAAUACCUGGAGGAGCAGGGAGUGAUUUGUAAAUUGUGAGUUGACUUAGAAACAAUGACAAGUUUUUGCAUAUUUUGUAAGUUCUGUAUGGGUCUGCAUUUAUUUGAUGGUUUUCAGCAUUUACUAUUUCUCUAUAUACUUUCUAAACAGAAAGGAGAUAUAACCUUCACUUAGAACUUUGCUAUUUGCUUAAUAAAAAGAAUUAGCUGUGUUUCCCUCUUUUCCUUUAUUGUCACAAAUAGUUAUUAGGUUUUGUGUCUUGUACAGCUAGCCAGCAUCCAAGGCUCCAAUGUUUGUAUGCAAUUUUUGCAUAUGCUAGGGUUCCAUUCUCACCCAUCCCCACAACAUAUAUUCCCCCGACCCCUACUUCCUCCAAAUUUAAAGUAUGGAAAUGAUAUUGCCCUCCUAGUGUUUCUCUCUUUACAAAGAUAGGGUUAGAUUACUAGUGAGAAUUUGAGAAGUUUGUAUCACCAGUUCUCCAAAUAUUCAUCCAUUGGUAUUAACCAGAUGGUGCUGCUUAUAAUUCCUGCUGUUAGGGGAAGGGAGAUCAGAGAUCCAUGCUCUUCACAGGUUUGGGGGAAAGUAGCAACCUGCUUGCACUGCAGAAGAGGAGCACUGUGUCCCCAGCUUUUCUGAGGAAAUUGGGGUUCAGAGCAAUAGUAGAUGCCAAGCUAUUGCCUCCCUGCACUUUUAUUUUUGAGGUCAGAUUGAGCCUGGAAGACAGGCAUGGAUGUUCCACUGGGUUCUACUGUUUUCUAAAAAACAAAAACAAAAAAACAAACAAACAAAAACAAAAAACCCCAACACCUUGGCCUUCCUUUGUAGAAAUGAAAUUAUAUCCUAGCCAGGUCUUUUAUAAUUCUGGGAGGCAGAACACUGAAAUGCAUCACCCAAAGCCAUUUUUCCUCUUACUCUAUGUAGAUGGCAAUGCGGUGAGGGUGUGCUUUGAUACUGUUUACCCAAGGAGCUAGUGAUACUGAUAGUCAUGCAUCUUGGGAGUGGGGAAAUUGUAUUUUUCAUUCUCAUUUGUUAGCAGUAAAAUAGUAUUUUUGGGGGGGAGGGGGUAGCAAAAUAGUUGAGGGAAAGGGACAAUGAGUUAUGGGAUUAGCUAGCUAUAGCUGUUUUUUAAUUGUUGAAGAGUGAUCCCCAGGUCUUGGGAGCUUUUGGAGAAUUUAAUACAGGGUGGGGCAAAAGUAGGUUUACAGUUGUUCAUAUGAAAAUAAUAAUAUAAUAAUAAUAAUAAUACAAAAAUAAACUAUGUUUUGUGUACUUACAACUGUAAAUGUACUUUUGUAUCAUCCUGUACAUCAGUGGAAUUCUCAUCACCUGGAGGAAACUAGUAGGUUCAUUACUGUUUUAUGUUUGACCUAUAUGUAUCUCCCCCCCCUUCCGCAUACUUAAGUAAAUCUACUGUAAGAAUGUACAUUCUUAUUCUUUCAUUCAGGUAAGUGUUUUCUUCAUCUGGGCACUAAAGGGAUAUGUGAAACAAUGUUAACAUUUUUUUGUAAUGCCUUCAACUAGGGGUCAUUGUGUUUAACUUCUUAUAGGAAAGUUUGAAUAAAAUAAAGAUUGUCUUUUUAUAUGUCA